ACAUUUAAUUAUUCGAACAAAACACCGUUCAUUUAGACAGCUUCUCCCAAGCUGUUCCUCUUCAGACACUUUCCGCAUCCGCGUUUUAGGUUUAUUUACUUGUCUACACUUAGACAUUAUUCACACGCAUGUUACACACACAUAUAAAAAUUCAAUUUAUUCUUACAAUCAUUUUGAAAUUCAAACAAGCAUGGCUCUCUUUACUUUCUUCAUCAUCACCAUAGCUCUGCUCCUCCCCAUCUCGGCCCCACAGCCGACGGUGGCCCCACCGCCGUCCUCCGCCACCUGCAACGAAAUCUUCAUCUCCUACACAGUCACCUCAGUGAAGAAGAUCCCACCGACCCAGAAGAGGAAUCAGCCUUAUAGAUUCGAAUCGAGUCUCUUUGUGGUGAAUAAUGGGCUUGAUGAGCUGAAAUCUUGGAGGGUUUUUGUGGGGUUUAGGAAUGAGGAGGUUUUGGUGAGUGCAAGCAAUGCUGUGUUGAGUGAUGGGACGAGCUUGCCUGGGAAAGUGGGGAAUGGGAGUGUUUUUGUGGGGUACCCUAAUGCUGAUUUGAAGACUGGGGUGGAGACUGCUGGGGAUUUGAGUCAGAUGUCUGUGAAGGUUGAUUUGGUUGGGACUGAGUUUGGGGUGGGGGCUGGGAGUUUUCCUUUGCCUAGUAAUGUUUCUCUUGUGAAUGAUGGAUUUCUGUGUCCUAAGCCUACUCUUCAAGGUAAGAACCAAAUGGAGUUAUGUUGUACAAAAGACCCUAAAUUCAAGAGCAACGUCACCGAAGAUGAAGAAUUUUUGCGUCGGCAAGAUGGUGAUCUUACAAUAAUGUAUGAUGUGACCAAAACAUAUGAAUCGUAUUACUGGGCAGAUGUUACAAUCUCAAAUCACAAUCCUCUUGGCCGUCUUGAUAAUUGGAAAUUAAAUUGGGAUUGGAUGAGAGAUGAGUUUAUCUAUACUAUGAAAGGAGCUUAUCCCUCAGUCCUUGAUUCAUCCAAUUGCAUAUAUGGCCGACAGGGUGAAUUCUACAAGACUAUGGACUUCUCGACAGUUAUGAACUGUCAAAGACGGCCAACUAUUGUUGACCUUCCACUAACCAAAACCAACGACACAGCCCUCGGUUUAGUGCCUUUCUGUUGCCGGAAUGGGACAAUUUUGCCGCCCACUAUGGACCCAAGCAAAUCUAUAUCAGCAUUCCAAAUGCAAGUCUAUAAGAUGCCACCAGAUCUUAACCGUUCCCAGCUCAGUCCACCACAGAACUGGAAAAUUAGUGGCAGACUGAAUCCGGAUUAUGUAUGUGGUCCUCCAGUUCGUGUUAGUCCUAGCCGUUUCUCAGACCCAAGUGGUUUAUCAGAUUCAACUGCAGUUGCAAGCUGGCAAGUGGUGUGCAACAUCACCCAGGCGAAGGGAUCGAGUCCUAGAUGCUGUGUGUCAUUUUCUGCUUAUUAUAAUGAAUCUAUUAUCCCAUGCAAGACCUGUGCUUGUGGCUGUCCAAGUAACACUGCCCGUACUUGUAGUACCAGUGCCUCGGCUCUUCUUCUACCAUCUCAAGCUCUUCUAGUUCCUUUUGAGAAUCGGACCAGAAUGAGUUUGGCUUGGGCUGAUAUAAAACAUCUGCCAGUGUCAAAUCCAUUGCCUUGUGGAGAUAAUUGUGGUGUCAGCAUUAACUGGCAUUUAUUGACAGACUACAGAGGUGGAUGGUCUGCAAGAAUGACAGUAUUUAACUGGGAGGACGAGGCAUUCGUCGACUGGUUUGCUGCUGUGGAACUGGAUAAGGCAGCAUUAGGGUUCAAGGAGGUGUACUCGUUUAACGGAAGUGCAUUAAAUGGUGUCAACAAUACUAUUUUCAUGGAGGGUCUUCCUGGCUUAAACUAUCUGGUGGGUGAAACAGACGCACCCAGACCUGAUAGGGACCCGAGGGUGCCAGGGAAACAACAGUCUGUAAUAUCUUUCACGAAGAAAAAAACUCCAGGAAUUAAUAUUCCCGCUGGAGAUGGGUUCCCUACAAAAGUGUUUUUCAACGGGGAGGAAUGCUCACUCCCAAGAAUACUUCCAUCAGGCAAUUCUUACAGAUUGCACUCAUCAGUCUCGACGUCUUUCGUAUUAGCUCUAGUAAUCCUGGUUUUGAUUCAGCAAUAACAAUUUGAUCUGAGUAUUGCUGCCUGUUUUGGUUAUGGAUGAUAUUAUCUUCAUUCUUUUGGUUUA